AUGAAAACCUUAAAAUUUGUUCAAUCACUCCGCGUGACAGCCGCACGCCCUGGUGUUGUGAACUUCGAACUAGAUAUUGAGAAAGACCAUACAAAUCGAUUGGGUAUACUCCAUGGAGGCACGAUUGCCAGCAUGGUCGAUCUCGGCGGAUCGCUGGCCAUUGCUUCGAGGGGAUUAUUCUCUACUGGUGUCUCAACAGAUCUUCAAGUAACAUACCUCAGUUCUGGGGGUAAUAUUGGGGAUAAGAUUCUGGCGGAGGUUACAUGCGACAAAUUCGGGAAAACACUGGCAUUCACAUCGAUAAAGUUCACCAACACCAAUCACGAAGUUUUCGCACGGGGGAGCCAUACAAAAUUUGUUGCUAUCGCAUUCAAAGACCCGAAGAAUAUUGUCGACCAGCUGAAGCCGGAAAAUGGGGAAGAAGUGAAAUUUUAA